GCCAGCCCCUCCUCCCGCAGGCAGGCACGCGCCGGCCCGCCGCGCGGCGUUUCUUUGUUUCGUUCUGCGCGGCCGGGCCAUCGUUUAUUGGUGAUGGUAGGUGGUUGCCGCAUGAUGGCCAUCGGCCGCACUGCGUCCGUUGACGAUUGCUGGCCGGCGAACUCGCGAAACCCGCUAUCGGAGGAGACUAUGGUGUGUGUAUGUGUCGGACACGAUGGGGGGCGCCCAAAACGGAGCUCGUCGUAAUCGGUGAUCGGCCUGUUUGUUCCCGCAUUCGGGGCGCGAAAGCUAGUGCCUUGACGACAAAGAUGUCGUGGGGGCGCAGGAGAUUUUGCCUUAGCCUUGAAAGGAACGGUUUAGCAAAGGAACAUAAAAAUGGAAUGCAAGACCAAGACGAGUUGAGGGACGAGGCGUAGCAGGAUGUGUGAGAGAGCUGCAAAACGCGAGUGGAGAGCGGGACGUCUUAGUCCUGCGCGACUGCGCCUUCAUUCUUUUACCGAGCGAGCACUGGUAGUUGGGCGUCAUGCCGUGUGUUUCUCUUGAUACUCGUAUCUUUUGACUUAGACUUACCUGUAGUUUUAUCCUUAUCUGCGGUCUUCAAGACAACUCGCCUUCUUGUUUUGCCUUCAACAGUUUCUUUGGACUUUCAUGUGCCGGAUUACUUGAUGUAAGCAAAUGGCCGAUCUCGGUGUUCAUCCAGAACGAGGUCCUUAUGACCGCCGUUCGGAGGAAGUGGAGAACCUACUCGCCCCGAGCCCCGGGAGCAGCUCCGGGGAGGAAAGCCGGCGCGCGGGGGACGACCUCCCUCUACCCGGUGGCCACACGGUCGGGUCGCGGGAUCUCAUGAGCCUGGGCGAAGCGGUGGCGCGGCUCGAAGAGCUGGAGGAGCAUUGUGGAGUGUUGGAACGCGAGGCUGCGGUAGUCAGAGGAGAAGUAAGCCGCAUCAGGUCAGCCAUUUCGGGCGCAAUUACCGGGCAGCAGCAGCCACCGCCGGACAGCCCUUCAAGCGAUUUAUCGUCUACACCGGAAUCACUUGCCGGGAGACGGAACUUCGCGGCGAACAACUCGGGGUCGACAAGCAGUGGUUCAUCCCGAGGUGAAGGGAAAGGGAGAAUGCAGUGUCUUUGUUGGACACUCCUGCUGGCUUUCGUCUUUGUCGUGUUUGUCACCAUCGCAGACGGAGUUGCUCACCCGUCCGUACAACAAGGCCAGUGGUUCUGGACCCCAUCGCGCCUGGUGCUCGGCAAUCCCCCGAAAGAGAGUGGGGUUUUGAAUUCGACAAGGGGGGAAGUGCGGCCGCAGCCUGCGGAUUCGAACAGUAGUACGCGCCAACCUGUACAAGCAGCAAAUGCCCGAGCAACCUUCGGCUCUGCGAUGCGGAAGACAUGUGGACUGCAUGACCACCUGCUCCUGGCGCAAGACACUGAUCUCACCGCGGGCGUCGCUGCACUCGCGGGCACGCUCGUGGCCGUGAGGAAUGAACUGACGCAGCUUGCGCGGGAUUUCGCUUCCUUCAAAACGUCCCGGAUCGACGACAUUGCGGAACUAACUCGGAAAAUGCGGGAAUUCAUCUUCUCGCAGAAAAAUGCAAACGUGACGGAGCAGGCUUCCACCGUUGCGUUCGGCGAGACGCUUGCGACGUAUAAGAAUUCCUGCUUUAGCUUUUGCGUGUAGAGGAGGACUUUGCGACGAAGGCUGUUUCUUUGCAUGUCAUCUUUUGCAGCAGCUUGUUUCUCUACUUUCUUCAAAAAACUACAACACGAAGGUACAUCCUCGGCCUGACCGGCUGAUCCUGGUUUGGAACGCAAAAAUUUCUGGUGGAUGAGUAUCGAAGUAAUUGGUGCAGCACAGUAGGACCUAUCAAAUUCAAAGUCAACUACAUAGCGGAGUUGUGGCAGUUUCGAUUCUAAGGAUCGUCUGCUGCAGAAGUUUUUUGAGACUCUACUUCUGGUGAGAACUAAACAUGCGAAGACUCAUGC